GACGACAGGACGGCGAACUCUGAUAGCACGGCAGGGUACGUGGGGUCAACCAUUACAUACACGGGAGCACCAGCUCCCAAUAGUGGAAAAAGAAAUCCUCUGCAAGGAACAAUUGGAUAUCGAGUUAACGUCCCUGGCAGCUAUGGGUACGCCGGCGUUACGGGCGCGAUGAGCGGUGGCGGCGAAAACGCCCAGUUUGGCGCCACCGCCGCCAUGGUAGCCGCGGCCACGACGGCCGCGAUGCAAGACUCGCAACCCUUCUCCCAGAUGCAGAACAACAUGACUAUGGGGAAUCCUCAGUAUGGUGCGAUGAAUGGCUACGGCCAACAGCGCACUCAUAAUCCGGCCAUGACCGGCAUGGGAAUGGGAGGAAACGGAGGCAUGAAUGGCAUGAACGGUAUGAAUGGUAUGACCGGAAUGGGUCAGAUGGGCAACGCAGCCAUGAAUGGUAUGAACGGGAUGAACCCCAUGGCGCAGAUGGCUAAUAUGGGAAUGCACGCCAAUAUGAUGCCCGGUCAAAUGGGUCCGACACAAAUGAGUACUUCAGCAAAAAUGGGUCCCAAUUACCAAAGGCGACACACGCCAUAUCCAUCUGGAACGAUGCUCAUGGGACAACGGAAAUCCCAGUACAUGGGUGGCCAGCCUGGUUUUGGACCGAACCAAUACCCCGCCGGAUACGGUGGACGGCCCGGCUUCCAAAGUCAAUACCCCCCUCAGCAGCCUUUAGGCCCCAGCGGUAAUUUCGGAGCUGCAAUGAGGGGAACCAUAAGACAGUCAACGCCACCUUAUACCAAUCAAGGACAGUAUUUCAAUGGCGGAGUUCCCAGUCAAUUCCCGCAGCACCAGAGUGCAACAGCGCAGUAUGCGGGACAAUAUAGCGGACAGUUUGCGCAAGAAGUGGCCAUGCGAACCAACAUGAGUUACCAGCACAGUCCGGUACCGGGUAACCCAACGCCGCCCCUCACCCCCGCCAGCAGUAUUCCACCUUACAUUAGUCCAAACGGUGACGUAAAACCGCACUUCAACGAGCUGAAACCACCGAUGGGCAUGGCACAAAACGAUGAACUCCGGUUAACAUUCCCCGUAAGAGAUGGUAUUAUAUUACCGCCAUUUAGAUUAGAACACAAUUUAGCAGUUAGCAACCAUGUUUUCCAAUUGAAACCCACAGUGCACUCAACGUUGAUUUGGAGAUCCGACCUUGAGCUGCAGCUAAAAUGCUUCCAUCAUGAAGAUCGUCAGAUGAACACGAAUUGGCCGGCUAGCGUCCAGGUAUCGGUGAACGCGACGCCGUUAGUCAUAGAUAGAGGGGAAAAUAAAACAUCACACAAGCCAUUGUACCUGAAAGAAGUCUGCCAGCCGGGCAGAAACACGAUACAGAUCACCGUCUCCGCCUGUUGUUGUUCGCAUCUAUUCGUUCUGCAAUUAGUCCACCGGCCGAGCGUACGGAGCGUGUUGCAGGGCUUAUUAAGGAAACGGCUGUUGACCGCGGACCAUUGCAUCGCUAAAAUCAAAAUGAACUUCAACCAAGCGCCGGCGGUCGGCAACAAUGCGAACACUCCAACUGAUAGGGACAGCGUCGAACAAACCGCUCUAAAAGUAUCAUUAAAAUGUCCGAUCACGUUCAAGAAGAUCACACUACCCGCGCGCGGCCACGAGUGCAAACACAUACAGUGCUUCGACCUGGAAUCUUAUCUACAGCUGAAUUGCGAACGAGGCUCGUGGAGAUGUCCUGUUUGCAACAAACCAGCCCAGCUAGAAGGUCUAGAAGUUGACCAGUACAUGUGGGGGAUAUUGAACACGCUAAACACGUCGGAUGUCGAUGAAGUGACCAUCGACAGCGGAGCUAAUUGGAAAGCAGCUAAGAGCCAAAACACGACCGGCAUAAAGCAAGAAGACGACAGCGAUAACAGCAGCAAACGAGGCAAAGCAAUGUCGCCCGGCUCCAUGAAUAUGCCGACCAUGAACAACUGGGACAUGAACCAAGCGCUGUCGCCGUACCUGCCGCCCGACAUGAACACCAUCGCUAGCGGCUCCAUGAUCUCUUCGUACAACCAAAGCGCACAGAACCGAAACGCCGGCCCGAACAGUCAGAACUACGACUUCGGAAUGAACAACGGCCCGGGGAGCAAUGAGUUCGCCGGCAACGGACCUCUGUCGCACCUCAACGAAAGCGUUAAUUCAUUAGAUCCCCUAAACGCGAUGGAGAAGAGCCUAAACGAACAGAUGCCGCACACUCCCCACACCCCGCACACGCCGGGGUCGGCGCACACCCCGGGCGGGGGCGGGGGCGCGCACACGCCCGGCUCCUCGCACACGCCGGGCCCGCCCUCUGUCGGACACCACUCGCUCAACGAAGUCGACAUUCCAGCCGACCUCAACUUUGACCCCGCGGCUGUCAUCGACGGCGAGGGCACGGAUAAUCUCAAUCUGCUUCCGGAAACGAGUGUGGAUCCUAUGGAGCUGUUAUCAUAUUUGGACGCGCCGGCACUGGGUGAACUGCUCGCGACGCCGCCGUCUUCGUCGUCAUCGGCGGGAUCGCAGCCACCGCGAGCCCCUUCAUCGGACGACCUCUUGGCGCUGUUCGAGUGAACGCCCUACCGAACGAACAUCAAUCAGUACCCACAUCAAGUCAAUUCUUGAAGUAUGUAGACGGCAUUUUUAAAAAUUAGAAUGAUCAACUAGUAUUAUGUUCCUAUAUGUUUCGAUUUAUAUUUGUAGAAUGUAGACGAUCGCGUAAUUCCGAUCGUCUCGAACUUAAUUCAGCAUAAGCGAUUACCACCGAUAAUUUCGUUUUAUUACGUCUACAUUCGUUCACGGAAUAUUUGCUGCAUGGUGUUCAACGGUUGCCUGGGAACUAGCGGCUGCGUUCCGAAUCGCAUUUCGAUCCAGCGAAGCCCGACAUUGUGAUACUAGAUUUUAGUUCAACCUCCGUCUGUGGCAAUGUUGAAGUCCGCCACGUUAAUUAGAAACAAAAACAGAAUCUCCGUCAUCUUUUGAAGGUGUUACCGGCGUGUAGAACGUUAAGAUGUUGCGGUUUCCGACAUUGUCACAGAGCAGAGCGCCGGCUGUUGAAACACUGGUGCUGGAGGGUUUAUUAGUUGUUUAAGUAAAGUAUUGGAGGCGGACGGCCAUAGACACUGCGGUGUUGUGCAUGUAUAGUUCCUCGCACCGCCGCACGCACGGUGGCGCUAAUGAGCUCCUUAUAUUCUAAACUCUAGCAUAAAGUGUAACACAAAUUUUUUCAUUCGACUUCUUCAAUAACAUUUAACUUAAUUCAAUUAGAAUUUGAUUUGUGACCACAUGUUGUGAAUAGUUUACCGGGUUUGUAUAUAAUGAGAGGUUAUUUUAUUUGUGCUAGUUGUUUUGGUAAGGCAAGGGUCGCGGUGCAGUCGUCUCCUUGUAUAGUAUAAGGUAAGCGGAGGUGACGGCCGCGACCCCAAUGGGAGGCAUUAUGAAUCUUAUAGUUCCUAUUCGAUGCGAGCGAACUAUAAUGUUCAAUUGCCAUUUACUGUUAAAUAUUCCUUUUAAAUUUUCGCGUAUUCUGCAUUUUUAAUGUUAAGAUACGAUAAGAUUCGAGAGUAUAACGCUGCUCGCUUAUUGGGUGAUAUAUUCUAAAUGAAGUUGUUUGAAAUCAAUAAACAAUUGGUAACGUAUAAGUUACGGAAACUUUAUUGUAAAUCUGAGUGCAAAAAUGAACUUUGUUAAAUUAUUUGCGUUAUGUGAAUCGAAGAAUGAUAGAAAUAUAUUUUAAUUUCUACAUAUUAAUAUGAACUGUAUUAUUUGUAAAUAUGAGUCUAGUUAAGAAUAUUAUAUUACUUAGUUAUUAUAUUGGAGAACAUGGCAGAUACUUAUAUGAUGGCCAGUUUAGUAUAGUAUUACUAAAUUUAAAUUCUACAUGGGUUAUCAUGUACAAACAUAAAAUAAAUACUACACAAGACACAAUAUAGAACAUGUAUUCGGAGUACAGAUUAUUUGUGGUAAACCAUAAUUGUUUUUAUUUAUAAGUAACUCUGUGGUUCACUAUUAUUUUAUCUAAGAUUUGAAAAUGUCAAUUUGAAAUAAACAAUAACAAUCUUUUGACAAAAUAUUUAAAAAAAGUUACAAACUGCUUCAGGCAAUAUUUCUUUUUUCUAAAGUUUUAUUUUUCAAUAUCUCAAUCCAUUUCAAUCCUCAUCUGUACUCAGAUACGUUUUAUAUCUUUGCAAACGUAAAUAGUGAAUUCAUAAUUAGUCAGAGGCCUUAAAUCUAUGCUCAUCUUAAUUUGGUUGCUCUUUAUUAAAAAUUUAUUUGAAACUUAACAGCAAUAAGUAAGUGCUUCUAUGUAUAAAUAAAGCUCUAUUUAAUAUAAUGAACUACUAAAUAUAUGUAAUUAUAUAUUCAGAGUUAUUUUAUUAAUGGUAGUGAAUUGAAACAAAUUGUGAUGAGCAUUGAGUUAUCAAAAACUUGUUUCACAUAUUUUCAAAUGUUUUUGUUCCAUUACUGUGACAUUUAGUGUGCAAACUAUAAAUAAAUUAUUGGUAAAUUAAUUUUGAUACUACGUAGGUUUAAUGUGCAGCGCAAAUUGUCAACAAUGAAAAUUUCUAAAUGGAAUUAAGUUCCCAUAAAAUUUAUUAAGUCAUUUUUCACCUUAUUCAUUUAGGUGUUGUAAAGUUUCGAAGGUAAUUUAUUGUUAAUGAAUUUUUAUAUAAACAGUUAUUGAAUAUUGAAUAGAGUUAAAGUAUGUAAAACUGUCGAUUCUUUCACUGACUUGUGUAAAAAUUGGUGAUUUGCGCAUCUUUACUUCAUGCUAUGAAUAUGGACGCCUCUUUAGAGUUAGUCAAAAUAUUAUGAGAAACAAUAAAAAUUACCUAGUGUUAUUACGAGAAGCCGUGGUCAAUUAUUCGAAAUAUUGCAGAAUUAAUUAACAAAUUUUGAUAAAUAAUUUCUAUUAGACAAAUUUUUAGAACCGCUGGUUCGCAAAUGAAGCAACAAUGCAUAAUUGAUCACAGCUUCGAAAAUAAAUUAAAUAAUUUUAAGGGACCUUCAAUUCCAGUUAGCUAAGAUAUAUUUAUUGUAGUAAAUAUUGCUGUUGGAUUGAUCAUCGCAAAGAUUUUUGUAAGACCAAAUUACCAACUUCUUUUACGCUUUCUACCUUAUUAGGUAAUUAAAUUAAUCGAUUCAUUUUAUAUAGUAUAUUUUGAAUAUCACAAAAUUUAUAGCAUAUCACAUUAUGGAAAUAAAAUGUCAAAAAUCUGUUAAGAUGAUCGAUUCAAACAACGAAAUGAUUACUAUAUAUAAUUAUAUUAUAUUUUGUUGGAUAUUAUAAUUAACUGCUGUGAAGUAGAUAAUGUGCUCGUACAAAAAUAAUGUAUGUUACGGCAUUUGGAAAUAAGUGAAAGAAGAAAUAAAAUAUAUUCGAGAGCCAUGAUGCAAGUGAUCAUGCAAAACUGAACUGUACUGUAGAAUGUUUAAAAGUUUUGAGAAGAUUAUGUGAAUGUUUUAGCAAUCUGGUUGGUACCCACUGAAUUCAUUUUGAAAUGUGUUAAAGUGAAAAAAAAUAACAUUUUUAUGUUAUUGAGAAAUAAAAACAAUCUAAAAAUAA